UUAGUGUGGCCUGGACCCUGCGUGCCUUGCGCGCUGCGCCCUCUUUGCGUCUGCGUAGUUCGCUCAUCUCCCUUUCUGCCUCCGCUGCCGCCAUGGCUCCCGUGAAAAAGCUUGUGGCGAAGGGGGGCAAAAAAAAGAAGCAGGUUCUGAAGUUCACUCUUGAUUGUACCCACCCUGUAGAAGAUGGAAUCAUGGAUGCUGCCAAUUUUGAGCAGUUUUUGCAAGAAAGGAUCAAAGUGAACGGAAAAGCCGGGAACCUUGGUGGAGGGGUGGUGACCAUCGAAAGGAGCAAGAGCAAGAUCACUGUGACGUCUGAGGUGCCCUUCUCCAAAAGGUAUUUGAAAUAUCUCACCAAAAAAUAUUUGAAGAAGAAUAAUCUACGUGAUUGGUUGCGCGUAGUUGCUAACAGCAAAGAGAGUUACGAAUUACGUUACUUCCAGAUUAACCAGGACGAAGAAGAGGAGGAAGACGAAGAUUAAAUUUCAUUUAUCUGGAAUAUUUUGUAUGUGUUCUUGAAUAAAACUUGGGAACCAAAAUGGUGGUUUAUCCUUGUAUCUCUGCAGCGUGGAUUGAACAGAAAAUGGAAAUCAUAGUCAAAGGGCUUCCCUUGGUUCCCCACUCACUUAUUUGUAACUUCUUUUUUUUCUGCUUGAAAAUUUCAAUUCUCAAGGUAAUACCAGAGUAGGAGGGGGUGACUUGACGGAACUGACAGCCUUGGGGUGGCAGAUGAGGGUGUGGAGGUGUGGGCUGAAGGGAGUGGCUGUUAUUUUAAAAGUGUGACAAUUGUAUCUGUUGCUGUUCGCAAACAAUGAUUCAGGAUACGAGUGGGCUCCUCUCAUUCAUUAACAGAAAAUGUGGCAUCUUUCUAAGAUUCUCUGUGGGAAAAAGUGUCAAUAAAAUACGGGUUUUUCGGUCAUUCGUCUUUAAUUUUUUGAUUACAAAUUUCUCUUGACGCACACAAUUAUGUCUGCUAAUCCUCUUCUUCCUAGAGAGAGAAGCUGCACUCCUUCAGCAUUGGUGUGUAGUCCGUCACUGUCCGUAAAGGCGUUUGCGGGAUCAACUGUAAAAGUCCCAGGUUCUAAAUUAACUAAAUGUGUACAAAAAUGAAUGUGUAAGUAAUGUUUCUACAAGUCUUUGCAACAAACUGUCCCUUUGGUCUCCAGCAGAGGGAGCUGUAGGAAUAGUGCUUCCAGAUGUGGCCUCCUGUGUGGGGCCCAGCCAUCGGGGGCCCCCGAUGCCAAGAGCUCUGGAAGCUCUGGUGAAGGGGGCCACAGAGGCGAAGUGACUGGGAAGCUUCCCAUGCUAAGGAGAUGGGAGGUGCCCAGGAAGUAGCUGCUCCAUGCCACUUAGGCCAUGACUAGAUGUAAUAUCAGAAGUCAUUCUACAAACUGGUGUGACACAGUGCACAGGUUAGAGAAUUAAGAAGGGCUACCAAAGCUGGGAAAAGAGUUGCAAUUGUUGCCGUGAGUGACUUUGAAAGAAGUUCAGACAGUAAUGAAGUGUCUGUUUUAGAAUUUACGGUGUAUGAAAUUCAUGUUUCUAAAAGAGCUUGCCUACAGAUGGUUUCCAUACCUGAACUUGUGCUCUGAGUUGCAUAGCUGGAAAUUCAAUGUUUGAUCCUACCUUGGCUCCAAUUUAACAUUUGGUGCUCUGUGGAUUAGUUGAACAUGUUGAGGCUUUGCAAUUUCACUUGUGUUAAAGGCUCUAGCAUUUUCCAUUUCUAUGCAAAUUUCUUUGAAGCAGAAUUGCUUGUGUAUUUCUCUGCCUUCACAGAAGGCAGAGUUUCUUUCAAACUUCACUGAGGCAUCAGUUGCUUUUUGGCGAUGCCCUUACCGUGAUUAUUAACUGUGACUUUGUGGCUUGAGUUUGCAAAUUUUACUUGUUUGUUGCAUUGAUGUUCCCAUGUAGAAAGUAAUUUUUAGUUUGGUUGUGAAAAAACCCUGGGCUGAAGUUACCAUUUAAGUUGAAAGAAGAAAACUAGUCCCAGAUCUGAAAACUUGUAAUAAAAUUGAAACUCACUGGUUUUUCUAUGUCUUUCUGAUCUCUUGUAAUGGAGUUUUGAUCACGUUUUCUAUUAAAGUGGCUAACACGUGGCUACUA